AAAUUUUUAUUAUUAAAUGAUUUUACUUAGAAGAUAAAAUCAUAUUUACUUUCAUUUGUAAAUAUUUAUGCAGGUCAGAAAUCAAUCCAUUAAAUGCAGCCAAACGCCCCAAAUCAACAACGUCACAAAAUGGCGACAGCUCCUACGUGUGCGCAUGUUUGUAGUUUUCGCUCCAUUUUUGUGCUUUUCUUCUGGAAAUUAAUCCGCUGAUCCGCGUUGAGUUGAGUCCUCUCCUCCGUUGUGAAGUGUGUGUGUACAAUUUCCGAAGUUAUUGUGUGAUUCAGUGCAAUUGUUUUUGUGCGACCCGGACGCUUCGAUUGUGCUGUUUCUUUGCGAUAUAGACGCUUGUAGUUUCUUAACAAAUAGUAUCAUGCCUAAACGAUGUGUAUUUGGAUGUCCAUACACAAAGCCCUAUCACCAAUUUCCACAUCCGGAAAGGAAUCCUGACCGUUUCAAGGCUUGGGUUCAUAUUGCUGGUGGGAAGUUGGAUAGUGAAGAGGAUUAUGAACUGUACAGGAAGAAAGUUGUCUGUGAUAUUCAUUUCACUGAAAAGGAUAAGAACCGUAAUAACCGGUUAAAUUUUCUAGCAGUUCCAUCACUUCAUCUUCCUGGCAAACAAGAUGAUAGUUCCGAGAAAUCAGUAUUACCUGCACCUGAAGAACCUGGGAAUGCUCCAACAUUCAGUACCAGCUAUGCUGCAUUGAAACAAACAGUGGCAGAGAAACCUGAAGAACCUGUGGAUGCUCCAGCUAUCAAUCCAGCAUUCAGUACCAGCUAUUCUGCAUUUAGACCAACAGUGGCAGAGAAACCUGAAGAACCUGUGGAUGCUCCAGCUUUUAGUCCAGCAUUCAGUGCCAGCUAUUCUGCAUUUAGACCAACAGUGGCAGGCAAUUGUGGUGAAGAAAUAUUUCACGAAGCUCAAUCCUUAAAUGAAAGAAGCACAUUAUCACCAACUAUGACAGAUAACUGCGCAAGAAUCAUAGCUUCAGAACACAAUUAUUGCCUAGCAGAAAAGAAAGCAACGAAAGAAAAGAAAAAUAAUCGUCGGCAGCAGUUGAUGCCGUCGCUCCUGUUGAACCAACUAAAAACAACAAGGAGAAAAAUCAAGGUCCUGCAGUCGACAUUAUUACGGUCUCAAAAGAGAAACAAAAAUUUCAAAGCUAGACUAGUUGAUGCUGAAAAAAUUUCUACAGAUGUUUUAUUACGAAAAGUAACACAGAAAAUGACAACCGCUGCAAAAAUUUUCACAAAAAUGCAAUACACUCAGACCAGCAAGAAGCCUUCAGGUCGCAGAUUCUCUUUGGAAGAGAAAGUGCUCUCGCUAUCUCUGUAUAAGAAAAGUCCAAGGAGCUAUCCACUUUUAGCGAAAUUUUUUACAUUACCAUCCACGAAGUCUUUAAAAAGGCUUUUAACAAAAAUAGAAAAUGAAAAUGAAAAUGAAAAUGAAAAUGAAAAAUUUUUAUUGCUACACUAA